AUGGCAACCUAUUCUCCGCGCCGGGGUCAACCGAACUUCAAUCCCUCAGUGGAUAUCCCAGACCUUGGCAAUCGGGUUUGUCUUGUCGUAGGAGGCACUUCUGGUCUUGGCGAGGCCACGGCCAUCGCACUCGCUCAGCACAACCCGAAGAAACUUUAUCUCACAGCGCGCUCCCGAGCGAAGGCGAACGCCGCUAUCAUUCGUAUUCGAGCAACCUCUAAGGUGGCAGAAGUUGCCGAUCUCGAAAUCCUCGAUCUCGACCUCUCGUCGUUCAAGUCCGUACGCGAAGCUGCGGCUAAACUGAACCAUGAGGCGGAACGAUUGGAUUUGGUCCAUCUUAGCGGAGGUGUCGGAUUGUUACCUCACGCCACAUCUACAGAUGGUUAUGAGACCCAGUUCGCUACAAACUACCUCGGACAUGCGCUGCUCACACGGCUGCUAAUGCCAAAGCUACUGCACACUGCAGCACUUCCCGAUGCUGACGUCAGGAUUGUGUCCAUGGCUUCUGGAUUGCACAAGGCGUUGUCGCCUAAAGAAGGGAUCCUCUUUGGAGAGUUGAAGACCCCGAUGGCCAGCCGCAGUGUCUUUGCGCUGUACGGUCAGUCGACACUCGCUAAGACGCUGUUCGCACAUGAACUCUCGAAGCGGUACCCACAGAUCACAUCUGUGUCGCUACAUCCCGGUGGCGUAAAGACGAACGUAUUUGAAGGAGAGAAGGGCGUCAAUUGGCUUCUUUACAAUCUCGUCAUAAAGCCCGUGGUAUAUCUGACCGGAAUAUCACCCGCGGAGGGCGCAAAGACACAGCUCUGGUGUAGCUUCAGCCCUGACGUCAAGAGUGGUGAAUACUACGAGCCAAUCGGUUUGCUCGGUUGCGAGGGAAAGCUCACCAGGGACGAUGACCUGGCCUCAAAGCUCUGGAGUUGGACAGACGAGGAACUACGGGCAUCCAACUUCCCCGGAUGGCAACAAGGCUAG